CGCUCCACCAACUCGACGAGGAAAUAAGUUAGUUUCUGACUAUCGCAGCGAACCCCAGCGCCUUCAGUAUAGGGGCAAAAUGCGCUCGAUCCUUUCCUCUCAAGGCUGCUUUUUCUCAGUCCUGUACAUUUUUUCAGUGGCUCUGGCUGCAGUUCCCGAACCUGAGAAUGUGACGGUGGUGUCAUACAACAUGGGUGCCGUUCUGGAGUGGGACUACCCUCACAACGCAUCAGAGGGAGUCCGGUACACAGCUCAGUUCAGAAGUCAUACUCCGAAAUAUGAUCCAGUCUGCCAGAGUCAGCAGGACAGGAAGUGUGAUUUCACCUAUAAGAUUCAUCAUUUUGGAGUUUACACUUUUCGAGUGCAAGCAGAGCUCCAGGGCAACGUGUCCGCCUGGGUAAACACCACGGAAUUCACCCCUGAUCGACAGACCAUCAUUGGUCCACCUGCCGUGAGCCUGCACUCUAAGGCAGGGGACAUGGAAGUCAGUCUCCAGGACCCUGUGCUGAUGGGAUCCAUGUUAAAGGACGUGUACACCAACAUCAUUUACAAUCUCUCUUACUGGAAGGAAGGUCAGGAGAAGACAAAGAAACAGAAGCAAACAAAGCAGAAGCUGCUGUUGCUGAGCGACCUGCUGCCCUGGACGCGGUACUGCGUGCAGGCGAACAUCGACUUCCAGGUCUCCAACAAACCCAGUCAGCAGAGCGCGCCGGUGUGCGAAACAACCACAUCAAAUGGGACAGUGGAGCCUUGGGUGGUGGCCGUGGCGCUUAUAUCAAGCUUCCUGGUGGUCAUUGUGUCUCUGCCGCUCUUGUUCCUGCUGGGCUGGUAUUGCUAUAAGGGCCUGAGGUUCCUCUAUCCCAGCGCCAAACUCCCAGAGCAUUUCAAGCAGUACUUGAUAGAGCCAUACCGGUCCUAUAUCUUCCUGGCUAUGCAGAACAGCGGCGAGGAGAAUGAGCCAUACCACGCCGUGGUCAUCGUUUCAGAUAGCUCAGACGAGCAGGCCGACCCCCCCUCAGAGCCCUCAGAGAAGCUGCAGGUCCACAGCAAAGAGGACGAAGAUGAGAAGGACAAGGAUCAAUUUCUGCAGCCAUUAUAAAGACAUAAUGAGAUUUCAAUGAGAAAACUGAGAAAAAGACUCAGGCUGCUGCUUUAUACCUUCUGUUGUUAUUCAGAUGGACCAUUGAUGUGGGACAAAACUGACAGCAGGGGUCAGUUGUAACUGUACUUUUUGUUAUAAUAUUUAUCUGUUCAAGUCUCUUCCUAUUGGGGAGGGAACUUCAUUGCUUCUAUUUAAAUCUAUCCCCUGCUGCUUAGAGCCGUACGGGGGUCGCUCUGUGUCUCCGUCAGAGACAUGCCGUCCCGCAUUACCCAUGUGCGACUCUAGGCUUUUCUCCCCAGGGGGGCAAGAUGAGAGCCCAGCCUAAUGAAUACAUUUGUAAACAAAAAAAUGAAAACAGAUGCAUCUACCAUAAUUUAUUUUUUACACAUUGAUAAUCCCUUGUGUUUGUGUGAACAUCAUUUAUAAGGGAAUAUCUUAAGGAUAAAUUUCUAUGCAUUAAUAGGUCUGUAAAAUGGUACAUAGAAGCAACUGACUGAAGGUUUCUUGUAAAAGAAAAGAAAUAUGGUCCAUCCGUCCAUCAUCCAUCCAUCCAUCUAUCUAUCUAUCUGUUUCACCUGGUCUCUGUGAAACUGAUGGGGCCACAUCUUCCUUGCCCUAUAAUAUCAUGACUCAAUGGUUCCCUUAUGAAUGAUGUUCACACAAACACAAAAGAUUAAGCAGGGACCCAUUCUUGGGUUCUAGUUUUUAAUAGGUUGGGGAAAUGGAAGUGAAAUGUGAAUGGGCUCCAGCUGAGGUUAUGCUCUGUCAUAGGGUUUGUUUUCUGGCAGCAACUUGAGUUUCAUACAGUGAAACGACAGCCCUGGAAGAACCACUUCUGCAGUAGAGUGUGACUCAAGCGUUAUUGGAUAAUGGCAUACGAAUUGCUUAGAAUAUGAAGCAGAAAAAAGCUGAAAAAUGUGAAAUGUCACAUUGAAUGCUUUAAAAAUCAUAAUAUAGCGCAUUUUAAAAAAGUAUUCAUAGUGCUUUCAUUUCCAUGUUUUGUUUUGUAGCAG